AUGCCCAGCUCUUUGGAACAGCCUCUUCGCCAGUCAGGCAUCUACCGCAACCUGCCUACCUUCGAUUCAAGCGUUAAGAAUCUGAAGGCCAUUGUAUGCGGAGCGACUGGUAUCUCAGGAUUCAACACGAUCCGCUCCCUUCUUGAUACGCCCGAUCGCUGGUCCAAAAUCUACGCUGUUUCUCGAAAGCCAUUCUCGAAAGAGCUCCUCGCAUUCUUCACCGACGAGCAGCGUGCCCGUCUCCAGCACAUUUCCAUCGACCUCAGUUCUUCAGGCGAUGACAUUGCCAAAUCGUUCAAAGACGCGGGUGUCGAGGCAGACUACGUCUUCUACUAUGCUUACCUGCCUCCUGGAAACGGAAAGAGUGACAUGGACCCCAGCUCAGCAGAAGCCCUGAUAGAAGCCAACGUCCCGCCCUUCAGGAACUUCCUGGGCUCUCUACCAAAGGCUGACCUCAAGCCCAAACGUAUCCUCCUGCAAACAGGAGGCAAGAACUACGGCAUGCACAUUGGCCGUGGGCGCCAGCCAAUCAUUGAAUCUGACCCCCAGCCCAAGCACCUCAGCCCAAACUUCUACUACCACCAAGAAGAUAUUCUUUUCAAGUACUGCGAGGAGCAUCCCGAGACAAAAUGGAACAUCGUCAUGCCCGCGGCUGUCAUUGGUGCGGUGCAAACCGCAGCUAUGAACACCUUCCUCGCAUACGGUGUCUAUGCCGCUGUCCAAGCGCACAGGAACCAACCUCUCCAAUUCCCUGCCGACUUCCACAGCUGGCAGUCCGAGUACUCGCACUCCACCGCCCGUCUGACCGGGUAUCUGAGCGAGUGGGCCGUCUUGGAGGACACAGCCGAAUGCCAACGCUUCAACGCUCAAGACGGUGAGCACAUCAGUUGGGACCGUUUUUGGAACGAAUUGGGGCGCUGGUUCGGCGCCGAUGUUCUUGGUCCUGAGGAAGACGAGUCAAAGUACGAGAGCAAGUACUUCGCUGGAGGUAGAGACUGCCCAUUAGGCUACGGUCCCCCGAUCGAACUAAAGAUGGCCCAUCCUCUAUGCAAAUGGGCGGAACAAACGGCCGUGGCGAAGGACUGGGAAGAGAUGAUGAAGCAGUCCAACGGGCAGCUGACAAUGAAUGUGCCCGAAGCCGACAAGCAAACGUUGGUGAUGGCCGACUUCACUUUCACUUUUCUUGGCACGCUGUCGGGGAAUAAGGUGCGCAGGUUUGGAUUCAACGGGUUCGUGGACACGAUGGAGAGCAUCUUUGAAACAUACCAGGACAUGGCGAAGCUAGGUAUGUUGCCGCCUAUGAAGGUUGAUUCUUGUAAGCCGCUUGUGUAG